GCCCGCCAUCCCUCACCUCGCCCGGACGGCGGCCUCCGGGAGUCAGCGGCCUCCCUCCGCGCCACCCGCCGCCUCCUCUGCAACCUUAGCCCACCCGGCGGACCCGGACCAAGUCACUGGCGGCCCAGGCGCAGGGUUUGGCUUGGCAGGAGGCAAUGCCUAGGGUUCACGCUGCAGAAGCAAGCCUGGAGGCACAAGAGUGAUGUCUAAAGCAGUGGACUUGGAGCCGGACAUCUGAGGUCCAGCCACGAUUCUCGUGUGAGCCCGGCACGAUGCUCCUGCUGAUAGACUGCAACCAGUGCCUAAAAGGCUAGGAGCGGAUGCCGGGGCCCGCCCCCAGAGUAGCUUUCCAGACUGCGCAAACGCAAAGGAUCAGCAAACAUCUCCUAAGCCCCAGAGGCGGGGCCCGAGAGGGACGCUGAGCGUCACUCUUGCGCGCCCAAUCACAAACGACUUUGCGCCUGUCCUGCUGCGGUCGGAGGUCACAUGGAACUGCUGUGGUUGGCCCUGGUCUAGGUGCGCCCGGGUCUCAGACUGGUUUCCAACCUGGCUUCCCGGAAUGUCGGUGGCAUUCGUACCAGACUGGCUGAGAGGCAAAGCGCAAGUCAAUCAGGAGACGAUCCAGCAGCUCCUGGAGGAGAAUGACCAGCUGAUCCGCUGUAUCGUGGAGUAUCAGAACAAAGGCCGGGCGAAUGAGUGCGUCCAGUACCAACAUGUGUUACACAGAAAUCUUAUUUAUUUGGCUACCAUUGCUGAUGCCAACCCAACCAGUCCUUCAAAAGUAAUGGAAUGAUCUUCCAGUUGGUGGCUGUGAGGAGUAAUUGAAUGUAAUUCAUUUCCUGUGAAAUGAAGACAGGAUCUUUACCAACUCAACUGCUUAAAACAUGAAUGAGACCUCUGUCGCUCUUGUAAACGUGUGAAAAUGUGAGGAAAGUUACUAAGUUAAACUGUAUUUCAAUGUAAAUAUUUAUUUUAAUAAUUAAGCAGAUUCCCUCAAGUAA